AUGCAUGGUUCUUUUUUAGGUCCUAUGCACGGCAAACACGUAGUAUGCUACGUGGCGUCGUGGGCAGUCUACAGGCCAGCACCAGGGGGCUUCUCGCUGGAGGACCUAGAACCGUCCCUGUGUACUCACCUGGUGUAUUCCUUUGCUGGGUUAGACGAGGCCACGAUGGGGAUCAAGAGUUUAGAUCCCUGGCAAGAUCUGGAAAAAGACUACGCCAAGGCAGGCUACAGACGCAUAGUAGCGUUAAAGGAGCGUUAUCCCCACCUGAAAGUGACCAUUGCCAUCGGAGGAUGGAACGAGGGGUCUAUCAAGUACUCGAGAAUGGCAGAAACAAGAGAGAACAGAGAGAAGUUUAUAAAGAGCGUUUUGGUGUUCUUGGACACGUACAAAUUCGACGGCUUGGACCUGGAUUGGGAGUACCCAGCAAUACGAGAUGGAAGACCAAUAGACAAAGUCAAUUAUGUCUCUCUUGUUAAGGAACUAAAAGAAGCUUUCGAGCCACACGGUUACAUGCUAACAGCAGCUUUGGGUGUAGGGAAAGCCACGAUGGAGGCAGCCUACGACUUCGCCAGACUUAGUCGGUACUUGGAUUUGAUGCAUAUGAUGUGUUACGACUACCACGGCACUUGGGACCAAGUAGUGGGUGCCAACGCCCCUUUGAGGGGUCAAAGUGACAGUGACCCUUUGAGCGUGGAAUUCACAAUAAAAUACAUGCUGGCCCAAGGCGUGUCGCCAUACAAACUAGUACUUGGUCUACCGAUGUACGGGCGCAAUUUCAUUCUUAAAGACCCUAAUACAAAAAUCAUCGAAUUCGGCCGCACACCAGCCGAGAAAGUAGGAUUUAAGGGACCUUUAUCUGGAGAAGCUGGGUUUAUGGGAUAUAAUGAGAUUUGCAUGGAAUUAGCAAAUACAUCAUCGAAAUGGACUCAACAAUGGCAUGAACAAUCCGCUACACCAUACCUUCGCGAUGUGGAACGGGUCGUCACUUAUGACAAUGGCAGAUCCAUUGCUCUUAAAGUCAAAAUGGCAAUAGACUACGGUCUUGGCGGUCUCAUGGUGUGGAGUAUAGACACAGAUGACUUCAAAGGACUAUGUGGACCAGAGAAGAAUGCGUUCUUGGACUUUGAAGACCGGUACAAGCAAAUUUCUGUGGACCCCGUAUUAACAGAAGCGUUGCAGAACUUACAGCUGCCUGAUUCUAACGGCCUCAAUAAACGUUCACACUACACAACAUCAAACGGAAAACUACAUCUGCGUAUUCCUGAACAACAAUACCCUAACUACAACAUAAUGAGAACAAUCAACGAUGCGGCAACUCUAGCUAUCGAAGAAAAGAGAAUUAUCGAUGAAAUGGAACGCGUCGUUAAAACUAACGUUAUUGAAGACGGGGAACCGUCUGCUGCCAGUUCUGUUUUCAGUAGGGCUGGGAUGAUGUUUGUUUGUUUACUAGUCAUGCGUGGACUGUAAUUUUAAUUUACA